UGCUGAAAUCUUAUGGGUAUACUGAUAAAUAGCUACGUCCAAACUUACUAUAGUCUUCAAAGUGUCUUCCUUGUGUGUGUGUAUUCUAUUGGAGUGUACCUUGGGCCAAUACUUCCGGAGACCGGAGCCUUUUGAUCCGAAGAGCUCGGUCUUGGCAUCUAGAUCUAAUCACUCGGAGGUCCCAGGUAUCCCGUUCCUCUUAAAACCACCAUCACGUUCACCACUCGUGACAGCACCGCCAUCAUAGAAAUAGAGGCUGCUGUGGCACAGCAAUUGGACUCAUACAUCGUUCAUCAUCGCACUGUCACCGCAGCUAUUGCUUGAUUUUACACCUCCCAAGAUCUCGUUAUCUUCAGGUAAUUCGUCUUUCAUACUCCCUGCAUCGUCACUUUCAGAAGAUCUCUCUUCAUACCGUACCGGAAAAUGUCGUCGACCAGAUUGUUAAGCAUCCAACCUCGCAUAAUCAUCCAUGGCGGCGCUGGAAAUAUCUCACGUGAUAACCUCACAUCGGCUGCCUACGAAGCCUAUCGUAAAUCUCUCCUGUCUACCCUUUCAUCGGCUUCAGAGUCCCUCCAGAAACCAGGAGCUACUGCCCUCGACGUGGCUACUUUUGCAGUCUCGUUGUUAGAAAAUGACCCUCUCUUCAAUUCCGGUAAAGGGGCUGUCUUCACGCGGGCCGGAACCAAUGAGCUGGAAUCCAGUAUCAUGGUUUCGGACGGGAAGCGGAAGCGCGGGGUCGGGUGUAUGCUUCUCAAGCAUGUCAAGAACCCAAUCAAGCUUGCACGCGAGUUUCUAGUGCAAGGCGAUACUGGAGGUGGCGGCGGUGCGCAGGGGCAUUGCCAGCUUUCCGGAGAGUACCUGGAGGGAUUGGCUGAAGAAUGGGGACUUGAUAUAGUCACGCCUGACUACUUCUUUACGCAGAAGAGAUGGGAUGAACACCGAAGGGGAUUGGAGGCUGAACGGGAGCUCGGUUCAGCAAUUGCUCAAUUCCAGGAUCCAUUUCCGCUUUCUAACAAUGGAAGCGAAGCGCCAACCGCAGGGUUGGGGGCUACAGGCGACCCUUCGUGGGAUGGAAAGGAAUACCUGCCUCAAGGAACUGUUGGUGCGGUCGUUCUCGAUAGUUUCGGGACCCUCUGCGUAGCGACCUCUACUGGCGGUCUAACUAACAAGUUACCCGGACGUAUCGGUGACACACCGACCCUUGGUGCUGGCUACUGGGCUGAAGAAUGGUUUGAAGAGGUUUCGAAAUCUCAAAUGCUCUACCAGUCAUUACCUACACCAUCUUCGUCCACGUCAUCUUUCGAUAAACUUUCGCGAGGUGAUACUCCAGCUCUGAUAUCGGACUGCCUCCCGUCCACAGCUCUGAGGCAACCCCAAGUGCAAGCAUCAACUUCCGACAAUAAGUCUACCGAGCAACAACAUUCAUCCCAACGUCAUGCUGUUGCUAUGUCUGGGACGGGAAAUGGCGAUUCCUUCCUUCGGGUCAAUGCUGUCCGAACAGCAGCAGCAAUAUCUCGAUUCUCAAGUCCAAACACUGCUCUUUCGAAAGCUGUCAGCCAAGUAGCUGGGUCUGGAGGUGAGUUGCAGAAGUCUGCCGGAGACCGCUGGGGUAAGACAGGAGAAGGUGAAGGAGGUAUAAUAGGCAUCGAAUUGGUGGGGACGCACGGAAGUAUCGUUGCCGACUUUAAUUGUGGAGGUAUGUUUAGAGCUUGGGUCGACGAUGCCGGUGAACAACAAUGCAUGGUAUUUAAAGAUGAGUACUAGACUACUGGUAUCACAUGCAAGUGGUAUCAAAUAGGGUCUAUCCGCCAACUAGAGUCCGUAUAGAGUACUGUACCUUUCUUACUAGACCUUUCUCUAGCCAAUAGAUUCU